CUUUUCACCAAUGUUAGUAAAGAUUCAGCCACUUCUCAGUGUUGAUCUUCUGAUGCAGCGUACAUUCUUAGCAACUCUGAGAUUUGAAGCACUGGACAUUUUGAAGGGAAUAAAAUUUGAUUUUCUUGUAGCAUGUGCUUUUGUUGACUUUUCACUCAAUCAAAUGAGGUUUUUAACUUCAUCUGAUAUCGGGUGUUUGAAGUUAAUUAUUCCUGACUUGGUUAAACAUGGUAAAGAAGAAAAUAUCACAUGUGGAGAAAGAUGUAAUGUGGAACUGCAUUCUAGGCAAAGAGCUGGUGUAGUUGAUGUAGUUCUACGAACAAUUGAAGUAUUAAUGACAAACACUUACGGUGGGGAAAUGCUUCAGCAGUAUUUGCAGCUGUUCUCUGAAGCAUUAAGGCAGUUUGAAUUGCAUGAUGGUGGAGAUAAACAAUCAAUCCAAAAUGCUAUUAUUCGAAGAACACACAAAGUUUUAACCUUAACAUUGGAGUAUUUUCAGACAUUUGAUAUUUUUUACUAUCUUGUGGUUGUAAAUGGGUUUUUCAACGUAACAUUUACCAAUGAAAAAGCAAAUUAUCAAUGGAAUUCUGGGCUGCUCGAUUUUCUUGUGCGACAGAUUAAUAAUCAAGCUUUGGAAUAUUUGAUAAGCUAUUAUUGCAACAAUGACUUGAGUGCCUUCCAUGUGGAUAUCCAGAAAGCAUUUUCGGAUAAAGCAUUUGGAGCUAUAAUCCAAGUCAUGAAGAAUCCUGAAAAAUUCUUCAGAACGUUUUCGUACAGUGGUAACAAUUCUAAGGCCAGAAUAACAGCGUUAUUCUCUCAUUUUGUUAAUCAAUCAUGGGAUGGUAAAAUAGUUACUCUUGAAAUGUGCUUAACAUGGCGAGCAUUGUCAGGGUUCUUCAGACAAUCAGACAGCAUUUCAAUAUUAGAUGAAAAUGCUCAAACCCAGGUCUUAUCUGUCAAGUCUAAGAUAGAAGAUGCGACUGCCCGACUUACUAAUGGUGAUGUAAUUGUAGAGGAGCUCCGUGUUCUUUUGAGGCAUAAAGAACACUUUUUGGCACUUUGUGAGGUGAUUGAUGUCCCACAAAUAACAAGAUUGUGUUUACGAAUGAAAAAUGUUAUUGGCCCUAGAGAUAUUGUUUCGAAAAUACUUGAGUGUCGAGAAACAGAGUUAACAUCAUUUGAAGAUGUGCGUUAUCGUGUAGGAAUUUUGUUAGACGUUUGUAGCAGCUUACAUCACGACCAUCAAGGCAGUGGAAGAAGGGUAAAGGCAGUGGAUGUCACAUAUAUUGAGAAAGCAUUGGAAACAAAUAUGAGUUGCCGGAAGAUAUCUGAUUUGUGUGAUCCAAUACAAGCUCAAGUGGUGAUCAUUAGCCCAAAGAGUGUCACUCCAGUCAUUACCUUUUUCAAGUUGUCUCCUGCUGUUUCUGACAUGCUUGUAGAAAUUGAAAAAAUUCAUGAAAGUCGACUAUUUCAAGAAUUUUGGAGAAAGAAAGGUACUAAGGUUCUUGAGAAGCAUACAGAGGGCUCCUUGAUGACCUUACAGGAGGUAGAGUCACAGGUGUGGAGGUUUGUGAAAGAGGAAUGGGAUAAAUUUAGGGGACAGCUAACAACUGGCCUCAUAACCUUACUUGCUGUCAAGAACAAACUCGGAGAAAUCAAGGAUGACCUCUUGGAGAAAGAACUUGGUGUCUUUAAGACCAAAAAUGCCCCCAAUGACUGGAUUGGGAAAUGUUGUAAACAAGUGCGCCUCUAUCGUCAACUUGGUAGAAGUUUAGAAAGUGCCAAGAUUAUUCUUAAGAUUAAGAAUGCAUUUGAUCUGACAGGCAACUUCAAACCCGUAGAGCUUCUGUGUUCAACAAGCGAGAUAGAAUUUGAAAAAAAUUGCCUAAAAGACUUGAAUACAGAUGUUGCAACAGCCUGUAAGGAAUUGGAAGGUGUCACUGAGGACCAGAAAAAAUGUUUACAUACACUGAUGAAAUGUAAAGACCUGAUUAUUUGGAUUAAAAAGGAAAUCAAAAAUAUGCAGGAGUUGAAGGUGUUUGUGGAUCUUGCAAUGAUCCAAGCUGGUGAAACUGACAUUGAAGUUGGCAGAGUCUCCUGCCUUCACCAAGCUGCUACAGGCUAUGCUGCCUUUAUUUUUGAUCUAACUGAAGACUCAGACUACACCUACCUUAUGCGUAUCUGCAACCAUACUUGGACAGCUUUGCAAAAUGAUCCUGAGUUAUCAACAAAACUUGAGGAUAUUCAUCGUCACAUGGAAUGGUUGAAAGGUGUCAAAGAUUCACAUGGGUCUGUGGAAGUGACUUCAUUACGCCAAGUGGAGAGAAUUAAUGCUGGAGGGAUUUAUGAAAUUGGCAAAUUAGAAGAGCACACAUUAAUACUUCGUGUUCCUGUGGAAGAUGAUGAAGAGAAGAUUUACACAGUUGAACAACUUAAAGAUCUUCAGAGUAAGCUGAUGUUGGUUGCUGGGAAGGCUCACCAAACCACUGAUGCCAAGUCUCAAGUUGAUCGCUUUGUGGAGGUGUUUGAUGGCGCUCAAGAUCUGGAAAUGUAUUAUAAAAAAAUGUGCACGUCUGGAAAUGUGCUUUUCACAGACUUGAAUAUUAAACUUAUUUGUGACAAAAGCUACAAGGUACCAGUCCAUGUAGAUUUCUGUGUUGUUGAACAGAAACCACUGUUCGGUAGGAAAGAACUCACUGAAAUAUUAAAAGAGCUCCUCAACUUUAUGGAUGCAAGUUUGAAGCAAUGGUAUGAUUACAUUGACGAUAAGCGAGAAGAGUUUUACUUCUUAAAUGUUUAUACUACUAAACAGCUUGUUAUUUUGCGACGUGCUCUUGCAAAUUUUGGUGAGGAAGAUGUCAGUCCAGAAGUGUAUGCUCUUUUAAGUCUUGUCAAACCAGACUGUACUGUACAGGAUUUAAGAAAAGCUGUUGCAAUGGUUAAAAAAGAAAAGGAAAUUGAAUCAAACGAUGAUGAGAUUUAUUUUAGAGAAAGUGGGCAAAUUGAAGAUGUCCUUUCAGAUGAAGAAAAGGAUCGUCUGGUUGCCUUCUGGGAUGAGUUGGAUGGCAUGUUAGAUGAGGAACAAGCAAUGGCAGUGCUGGAAGACAAGGGAAUAAUUGAUGUGGAAGAUGCAGUGACAUUCAUGACUGACUCUCCAUACUCUAAAAAAACUUUGGAAGACCUAGUGGGGGGGUUUUACAGUAGGGUUGGCUGUGCUCUAUCGGAACUAAGGCAGCAAAACCAUGAUAAUGAGGAAGCAGACAGAGAAGAGCAAAUAGGAAAUGUUGUUAGAGAUGAAGAAGAAGAGCAGCUGGUACCAAUCAGUAUUCAAAACCUUGGACAUGGAACUGAGAGUGUGAGAAAUGAACUUCUAGAAGGGAUGAAAAACUUCAAAGGGACUCUUAUCGAAAAACUGAACCAUCUCUGGAAGAAUUAUUUGAGUUCAACAAAAUCUGCUGAUCUUUCUGACUAUGUCAGUGUUGAAACGCUAGGAAGACUUUUGAAACAUCUUGCUCCUGAUUGUCAAGCUACUGUUAGGUGUUUUCCUCAAUUGCUUACAAGAGGGCGUCCUAACCUCAUUUUGUGCCCAGCUAGAGAUGUACUGCAUACUGUGCUGUCAGUCUACAUGGAAGGCAAUGGAAGUUUGCCAGCCUAUGAUGAGGUUUUGCUGUGCAACGCAAAAACUUCUCUUGAAGAGGUUGUGUUGUUGUGGCGACGAGCAUUGAACGGUACAAAUGUGAAGACGUAUUGCCUUGUGAAUGCUGAUGCCUUGGAUUAUGAUGUCAGUGUUGAUGCUGUCAAAAAACUUCACCAGAUUAUGAAAGGGAGGUCUGAUUACCAACUUGUCAUUGUUUGUAACCGAGAAAGAGAAGACCAGUCGCGGAUAGUCACAGCUUUAAAUUCUGACCGCAUCUCUUCUGAUAAACCAACUUGCAGAAAAUGGCACGACAUCCAAGAAUACCUGUGUAUGCAAUUUACACAGCAAGUUCAACUGACCAAUGGGAGGUUGCAACCAGCUGCCACACUAACCAAUCAAAAAACGUGUGUGCAAGCUAUUUCUUCCAAAAGACCAGGUGUUGGGAAAUCACUGCUUAUUCAAAGGUACAAGGAACAACUUCAGAGAGAUGUCAGGCGCCCAGACUGCUGCAUCACUGUUCCUUUGCAGACAACAACUGUCCAAGAGCAUGACAUUGCAAAGACACUUAUCAGUCGUAUACAGGAAAUGAAUCGCCGCUUUCCACGAAUUAUUCACCUAGAUGUUUCACCAAAUGUAUGUAGCGGGUUAGAUCACCUUCUAUUCAACCUUCUCAUUCUAAACACAAUUUGCUGCCCCGAUGGAUCUGUGUGGCGUAGGCAUUUCUAUGACCUUUAUUUAAUAGAAGUCACCCAUGCUAAUGAAGUCAAGGUUGAAGACACUAUGAGUGAGGGAAGAUCCAGCAAAGACACUUUUUUUGAGAGCCUUCCAACAGUUUUGUGUCGACCACCAAAAGAGACACAUAGAAAAGAAUUUGAAAAAUCUCAACAGCAAUUACCAGAAGGGUUUCAUGACCCCUUGAUGGAUGUCCUAGAGUUCAGAAGUCCAAAGUUUCAGCGACCCUACCAGUACCUUGCAAGACUUGACCAAGAAAUCCUUCUAGAUGCCUUCACCUUCAAUAGACGUAAAUUACAUGGAAAUCAUGUUGAUUGCUUGGCAACUCUACUAAGGCAUUGUGGCCUUCCAGAUCCUUCAUGGUCAGAGUUGUCUCAUUUUGCUUGUUUCCUCAAUAAGCAGUUAGAAGCCUGCGAGGGCUCUGUCUUCUGCGACUUGGCUAUGCUGGCUGACACUGGAUUGGAUGGAUUUAAAACAUUUGUUGUCAAAUUCAUGUUGCAGAUGUCAAAGGAUUUUGCUACUCCCUCACUACAAAUGAGUGAUGAAAGUUUUCGAAUAGCUGAUGACCAAGAAGAUGAAGAUAUUUUAAUCCAACUACGCAGACGUUGGGAAACCAGCCCACAUCCGUAUAUCUUCUUCAACCGUGACCACCAGACAAUGACAUUCAUGGGGUUCAGUAUCGAUCGUAAUGGGACGCUCUUUGAUGUAGAUGGUCGUGUGCUGCAACAAAAUGUGAUGACGAAGAGCCUAAUGAGAGGGCUUGACCUUCAAAGGGUCAAUCUGGCAGAAGAUUUUGAUUCUUUGCCAAGGGAUGAGAAGCUGCGGAAGUUGUGCAUGGUGAUGGGAAUCGAGAAUGUCAGUAAUCCCGACGACACAUACGAGUUGACAACAGAUAAUGUUAAGAAGAUUUUGGCUAUCCACAUGCGAUUUAGGUGUGGCAUCCCUGUGAUUGUGAUGGGUGAAACAGGCUGUGGCAAGACGCGUCUCAUUCGCUUCAUGUGUCAGUUACAGUCUAAUGGACUGGUGGCAGACCAACCCGUAAACAACAUGAUUCUUAUGAAGGUACAUGGAGGUACAUCUUCUGAGUAUAUUGUUCAACGUGUACGCAGAGCAGAAGGACUUGCAAAGGCAAACAAAGCACAGUAUAACAUUGAUACAGUUUUGUUUUUUGAUGAAGCAAACACAACUGAAGCAAUUGGAAUCAUUAAGGAGAUUAUGUGUGAUGGUCGCAUGAAUGGCCGGCAGAUUGACUUCGAUGGCAGUGGCCUAAAGAUAGUUGCAGCCUGCAACCCUUAUAAAAGACAUACCGACGAAAUGAUAGGAAGGCUAGAAGCAGCAGGUCUUGGUUACCACAUCAAAGCAAGUGAAACCAAAGACAGACUUGGUCGCAUUCCUCUACGUCAACUAGUGUACCGUGUACAAGCUUUACCCCCAAGCAUGCUGCCUCUGGUGUGGGACUUCGGUCAGCUGAAUAGUACUGUGGAGACUAUGUACAUUAGUCAGAUCGUUCAACGUUUUGUAACCAAUGGACAGAUCUAUGCAACCCCUCGGCAGGUUAAAGUUGUGAGUGAGGUUUUAUCCACUGCCCAAGCAUUCAUGAGGGAACAGAAGAAUGAGUGCAGCUUUGUAAGCUUACGAGACGUUGAGAGAACUCUUAAUGUGAUGGUCUGGUUCUUCAACAAACGACGUUUAUUGCAACCUUUGAUUGAAAAAGAGCUUGAGAAUGCAAAGGACAUAGUAGAGAAAGAAAUGGACAGUGAAGAAGAAUAUAAGUCAGAAGAUGUUACUCCUUGUGAUGAAAUGGAUAUGUUUGAGUACAGACACAGAGUAGCGGAAGAACAGGACAGUGAAGAAGAAUAUGAAUAUGAAUCAGAAGAGGAUAUUCCUUGUGAUGAAAUGGAAAUGGUAAUUGAUGACCUUACUUGGGCAUUAGUCCUUGCCCUUGGUGUGUGCUACCAUGCAUGUCUAGAUGAGAAACGAGAAUACUUCAGAGACGCGGUAGCAGAAAGUUUCAGUGCCCCACUGAACCUAUAUGGAGGGAGUGAAAGGAUUUACAGAGAAAUAAACAGCUGUCAAGAUAUCUUUUUAGAUAACAUUCAAUUGGGACCAAAUAUUGCUCGCAACUUGGCCCUUAAGGAGAAUAUUUUCAUGAUGAUCAUCUGCAUUGAGUUGAGGAUUCCAUUGUUUUUGGUCGGAAAGCCUGGAAGCUCAAAGUCUUUAGCUAAGACUAUUGUGGCUGAUGCCAUGCAAGGAGACUCUGCAGCAUCUGACCUCUUCAAAGAACUCAAGCAGGUGCAUAUGAUUUCCUACCAGUGCAGUCCAUUGUCAACACCAGAUGGAAUUGUUGGAACUUUUCGUCAAUGCAGCAGAUUUCAAGAAAGCAAAGAUCUGAACAAGUUUGUGUCAGUUGUUGUUCUGGAUGAAGUUGGUCUUGCAGAAGACUCACCAAGAAUGCCACUUAAGACUCUUCACCCAUUGCUUGAGUAUGGUUCUGAAGAAGAUGACAAUCCACCGGCUCAUAAAAAAGUUGCUUUUAUAGGCAUCUCAAACUGGGCGCUUGACCCUGCCAAGAUGAAUCGAGGGAUUUUAGUUUCUCGAGGUGUUCCCAAUGAAGAAGAACUCAUUGAAAGUGCUAAGGGCAUAUGUGCAUCUAAAACAUCACACUCAGAGGCAUCAGGAGCAUCACACCUUGUCAGGCAAAUUCUGAAACCUCUGGCACAAGGAUACUUAGAAAUUUAUCGAAGACAAGAUCAUGAUUUCUUUGGGCUUCGAGAUUUUUACAGCUUGAUUAAGAUGGUGAACCAGUUUGCUAAAAAUUCGGGAAACGUGCCGACUUGGGCUGAGAUUGAACAUGCAAUUAGACGCAACUUUGGAGGAUUGUCAGAAACUGAAGAUCACAUAAAAACAUUUAAGAAGAAACUUGAAAUUUAUGUGAAAAAGGGGACGUGUGACAGAGAUCCAGACUGUUCACCGUCAGGCCUUAUCAAAGCUAGCUUGGAUGCCCAGGGACAAACGCAAUUAGAAGGAACAAAGAAAGUAGGGCAUGGAACAUCUGAUGGGGACAGCAGGUACUUACUUGUGUUGACUGAAAAGUUUGCAGCUCUUCCCAUCCUACAAGAACACCUGAACAAAAUGAAAGAUGCUGUCAUUAUAUAUGGAAGCAGUUUUCCAUUUGAUCAAGAGUACACACAAGUAUGUCGCAAUAUCAACCGCAUUAAGCUUUGUAUGGAAGCUGGUCGGACAGUUGUGCUGUUAAAUCUCGAGAACCUCUAUGAAAGUUUGUAUGAUGCCCUCAAUCAGUACUAUGUUUACUUUGGUGGUCAACGAUACGUUGAUCUUGGACUUGGUAACCAUCGUGUCAAAUGUCGUGUCCAUGAGUCAUUUAGAUUGAUAGUUGUUGCUGACAAGGAGGUUGUUCAUGAGCGAUUUCCAAUCCCACUUAUCAAUCGUCUUGAGAAACACUUUUUGGCUAUGACAACGAUGUUGAAUGAGGAGCAACAGAUGGUUGUCAAACAGCUUGAGGAUUGGGUGACUUUGUUUACAACUAUUAAACACCAUCUUCAAGCACAAAAAGAAAGUUUCAAGCGGACCGAUGCAUUUGUUGGAUACCAUGGUGACACAAUUGCUGCUCUUGUCUACCAAACAUGGGCAUCCUGUGGUGGUGAAAACGAGAAGGUGGUUGAAAAAGUCAAAGACCAGUUGUUGACAUGCGCCACACCAGAAUCAGUCACCAGAUUAUCCAAAACAAAUAUGUCUGAUAAAGAGAGAGAAUCACUGACAAAUACUUACUUCAGGGUACAGAAGCAUGGAUGUCUUGCAGACUAUCUAGCUGACAAAAUUCAGAAGAAUCAUAAAGAAGGGACUGAGGGGAUCCUAGCCCAGGUAACAACAUAUUCACAUCUGCUAAUAGAAGAAGACUCGGAGGCACUUGCAGUAUCUACUAGGAUAGAUAAUUCUCACAUUAAGAUGAUCUCUUUAAAGGAGUUUCAACAUGAACAACAAUUUUCUCAUAAAGUACAGAAAUUUUUUGAUGAAAAUCGUGCAAGUGAGCGACUACUGUUGGUUCAGUGUGAUGCUAGCAGCGAUAAUACACAUCUUAUAUCCUGUGCCUCUUAUCGAGUACAAGAUGAAAGAGAGAAUGCUUUGUCUGCUAUGCAAGAAAGAAUGGAGUCGGAGCAAGAAUACCGAACAGAAUGCCGAGCUCACGUGGUAUUUAUUAUUCAGCUUCCUCGUGUUAACCAGUGUUUUGAUGGAUUUCAAGGGGGAUUAUGGGCAUCUGCACACAUUGAUGACCUUCAACCCCCCAAAGACAACCGACCAGAUGUUUAUAAGCUGAUGGGUCGAAAGAUUAGCGAUUUGUUUACUGUCUCAAAGAAAGAGAGCCAAGAAGACAUUCCAGUGAGAAGGAACGAAAGAGAAGUUGCACCAGAUGGCAAUGAGAAUUUGGAACUUGCAACACCUGUGUCUGAUGAUGGUGAAGAAAGCAUGGAUCGUGAUUCUGAUGAUGAAGAAAGCAUGGAAGGUGAUUCUGAUGAUGAAAGUAACAGCAUGGAGGAUAAUUCUGAAGAUGCAGAAAGCAUGGAGGAUGAUUCUGGUGAUGAAGAUUCCACAGAGGACAUGGAUCAAGAGGAUGUAAGCAAAGGUGAGAGGGCGAAUGUCAGCAAAGUACCUUCAGCAGAAGACAUGGAGCAAGAGAAUGAGGCCAUGACAAAAUCUAAUAUUGAAGAGGCCACAUUGGAAAAACCAGAUGAACAUGUUGCUGUGAAUGUGGAGAGUGACGAAGAUAAUACUCUAGUUGAUUUCACAGCAGUUCUCUUGGAUAGUAUUCAUCCAGCAACUGCAAGAAUUAGUGACCCAACCAAUCAGAAACAUCGUUCAACUGAAAGGGUUCGUCUACUAGUAAAUCUAUUGAAGGGAGAUUCUCCUCACCGAGAAUUUCUACGUCUGUUGAAGUGUCUCGUUAUCAGGCUUGUCGAAGAAAAAGACAGCAUAGCACACGAGGCAUCUCAAUGGUUGACACGAGAGGCACUUGACAUCAAAGAGGUUCAAGAAAGUGGAACAUUUAGGCAAGCAUGUUGGCAACGCUUAACAGCAACUGUAGCCCCAUUCCUUGCUGAAGUUAUUGCCAUAUGUGACAUCUGCAACAAUCUUAGUCUCCUUGAAAGCCAGGAAGCCGACAAUGCUUGGCUGCAUGAACUUUGGCUCAGCAUCUUUUCAUCUGUAGAUCUGAUUAACAUCAGCUAUGACAUGUGUUUGUCUCCUGAGAAGAAAGUUCAACGAUCUGAGGUGCAGCUUCAACAGAAAGGAUAUGGUGGCAAAUCAUUCAAGGCUCUCUUUCCAUUCUCAUGGAUUAUAAAGGGAAAAUUGGAAGAUAUUUGGAAAUUUGCCUCAGAAGCCAAAGUUGAAGCAGAGGCAACAGAUCAACAGUUUUUAAAGUUUGUUCAAGAAUCUGAGGUUGGAACGAAACUUCAGACAGCCAUCACUACCGUUGGAACUCAGAAGGUUGUCCAACACUACUGCUCAGACUUCAUCAGAAUGACCUGCAAGAUCUCCCAAGAAAAAGAACACAAGUUGAUCUGUGACCAUAUAAUAAAUGCAUCUUAUUCAAUUGUACAAGAGCUGGGAGGUCAAGUUGACAGUGUGAACUCUGUUGCUGCUAUACAUUUAGCAUUCAACAAAUUCCAAGCAAGGUUUGAACAUCUCUCACAGCUUGUUGAUAUCUGCCCAGACGUCUUGAAUAACAAACCAGAGCAAGAAGUAUUAGAUACAGAAGAAAUGACCAUUGACGUCACAAGUCUGAAAUAUGUCCUGGGAGAAAUCAAUAGCAAAGAUUUUAAAUCACAAGAUGGACAAAGAAAAUGGCUGAGCAAGAUCCACACACUGUGCCCAGUUGUUCAAAGUAUGAUGGGAUUGUACAAGAAAAAGGAAUGCAUUUUUGGACCAAACAGUCAGAUAAUCCUAGAGGAAUGCAGAUGUUUGUGGUCGAGGAUAAAUGUGAUGAAGCUGUUCUUUGAGCAUGUCUGCUUGCAAAAUGAAGAGUUUGCUGAUAUUGUUUCACCGAAAUGCAGAGCCCUCUGGGUGGCAUUGAAGAAAACAGCUGACUUGAAGUUGAAUGCCUCAGUGAAGAGCUUAGUGAAUAUCCUGAAUGAAAUUAAUAAAAAAGCUGGUGAAAAAUACUAUAAGAGUGGAAUUCAUGACUGUGGAAUGUGUGGUGAGGCCAUUAAAGAUCCUGUGCUCUUGCCUUGCAAAGGUAACCAUGUCUUUUGUAAGGAGUGCAUCAAAGGAUACUUCAAAACAGAACGUGUAAAGAUAUGUGCUGUAUGUAAAGAGGAGUUGCCUCAAGAGUUUGAGUGUAAGGAACAGUCUAAAGUCAGUGCUGUUGUUGCUCAGCACAAUGCGUUCCGUCAAUGUUGCAACUCGUUUUUCAUGGAAGUUGUGUCCCAGCUUUGUUUUGCUGAUGGAACCCCACCAAGUGAAGAAGUCAUCAAGAGGUUGCUGGGAUAUGUAACAAUAGAUUCCAAAAAACAUAACAGACGUGUCACAAGAAAUGUUUCUCCUUUCCCGGAGGAUUGUAUCGAUCCAAAUCCAGUUGUCAGAUCUUUCUUACUCCAGCUGUUGCUUCAGUCAAAUUUGGAAACUGUAAAAGAGCAUGUACAAGAGUAUCUGGGAAACUCAAGAGAUCUCAUGGAAAGAUCUGAUGAUGCUGUCAGCCUCUGCAGAUUGUUUGUCAACUGUCUAGAAGACACAUACUACUCUGGUAUUCCUCAAGACUCUGAUACAAAACUCAUCCGGUUGCUCCUCGAUGAUGCUCUUAGGAAACUUGAAAAUUCUCACCACUUUUUUGACAGACAAAAUGCCACUGCAGACCCAUUAAGUGUUGAGUUACUUGAAGCAAUAUCGCAGAGUCGUUUUGCAUUGACAGUGCUCGCUGACAUCAUUCAACGCCAACAACAAGAUCAGCAAUGCUACAGUGCAAUUAAUAUCAAGCGUCUUGUUGCUAUGCUGGCAAAUGCAGCUAGAAGAUUCUGUCAGCAGAAUAAACAGGCUCAGUUGUAUCUUGUGAAGUACAUCUGCAGAGCUUACAGCAAAGAUGCUCUUACACGUCUGAAAGAUGAUGAACAGUUAAACUGGAUCUUACCAAAUGAGUUGAAAGCUCAGUACCUGAAUGUUCCAGAUAAUUUUGUCAUUGUUGGUGAGACAUACACUAACAUUCGAGAAGCUAUUGGUCAAUGUGUGGUGGACAACGAUUUUGAGAAGAUGUGCAAAGUUGUGACGAAUGUGAAGGGAAAUCAGAAAGACAAGGAAGUAUGCUUUCUUCUUGCUUUAUUUAGAGAGAUCACAAUGAAUGCCACAACUACUGUAGAGGCAAGAAGAAUAAGUUUGGAGGUAAAAAGAAAAUUUGGAGAAAUUAUCCAAGAUAUGCCAUUCCUGAAAAGCAAGAUUGUUGCGGAUACAUUGUUACAAAACAGAGGACAAAAUCCACAGCAUAUUCUUAGGGUCACUCCUGGAUUGAACCUUCUAGACUACAGUAUCCAGGCAGCUGUUACGCAUCUUCAGAUUGUUCUGAAUGUAGUUGAACGGCAGUCAUUGACCCAGUGUCUGGCAACUUUGAUGAGAUCCCCAUCUCAAAUGCAGCAAGCAUAUUUACCAGCAAUGCCACAAGAUGACCGCAUGGAAGCACAGGCAGCUCUUCACCAGGCAACGGCAGAUCACAAUCUGACCUGGUAUGAAUGCCCAAAUGGUCAUCUAUACACCAUAGGAAAUUGUGGUCGGCCGAAUGGGACAGGAUUUUGCUCAGAUUGCAACGUGAGAAUUGGAGGUCAAGGAUAUGCAGCACUUCCAGGAAACAAAGUUGCAAACAUGGUUGAUACAACACGUACAGGCCAUGUACUUGGAUACCCACAAGUUCAACGUGGCAACCAGAUUGUGAGUGAACGAACGAUGAGCAGCAUAGCAACUGCUGUUGUCCGCUUUUUGUUGCAUGCUAGUAUGCUGCUGGGAACCGAAAGCCAACAAGGUCCACAGCCAAUCAUCAAUAUGAUUACACCUCAUCCACUUAAUGUACUUGAGUUUCUAUGGCACCAUCUGCAUAAUGAUGUACGGUUGUUGUCAAUAGCAACAGGCAAGAACAGGGAUGAUUGCAUCUUCAUCCUUCACAAAGUUAUUGACAACAUUUUGCACAAACAAGUCCCAGCACAAUUUCAAUCUGGCUUUCAACAACUGUUGUCAUCAAAGAAAAGUCGAAAAGUAUGGGAAGAAAACUUUACAAAAAUGUACAUCACACCUCUGCUCCAGGGACUUGAUGAAAUGAUUGACCUAUCAAACCAGACUCUGAUUGCUGACAAACGUCUCAGCGAUGAUCCUCUGAUGCGACUGCUGCACACAGCAAACGCUGUGAAGCCUGAAGACCUUGGUAAGCUGGUGGAGACAUCACACGUAUGGCAGUACCGUAGUCGUAUCACCAUUCAGUGCAUCCAUCAUGCUUUGGCAAAUGAAGAAGAUGGUGCUUCACUGCAAGUCUUAAGACUAUUUAUGGAAAAGGAGAAGCAUCUCAGAGUUGUGCGACAUUUGCCUGACAUUAUCCGACUUCAGCGUCUCCUAAUCAACAAAUACAACAGGCACAUUGACUCUGCAGAAGCCAUCAACUUGAACAUUUCAAGAUUUUUGGAUCAAGUACACGCUUCAGAGAAGGAGGAGUUUAAGAGAUUGAUUGACAUAUUUAUUGAUGUAUGGAAUUCUGUCAAACUGGAUGUCGAAUUAACAGUGAAGUUGCCUAUCCCAAAAGAGUGUUGUUCAGAGGUCAUGUCAUAUGAAAGUAACAUAGCAAUGUUGCUACCAACGAGGCGAGAAUCUGGUCUGUGUUCUACUGGUCUUGUUGACUUUCUCAUCUUUACACAAAACGAAUUUCUGGAAAGAUACCAUAGUAUCCAAGAGUUACAGAUGAGCAAAGUCAAAGUUGAUCCAUCUGACCUGCUAAUGUCACACCUAAUUGCGUAUGACCCGGACCGUGACCUGCUUCCACUCAUUCUAUCCCAGUGCCAAUACAUUGUAAGACCAAUGGCGGAAAAUAAAAUUGAAUACAACCUGCAAGGUUUAGAGCUGCAACUCAUUGAGAGGUUCGUCAGGGGGCGUGCAUUUAUUGAUCGCAAAUUUGAUCAAUUAUUUUUCCGACAAGACGUCAGGAAUGCUUCUAUAUUUGAAAGUCUGAGAGACAAGAUACCACAGGUUGAGUUGCCGACAGCUGUGCAAAGUAGUAUUGUAGCCGACCUUAAAUCCUUCCAGGAUCUUUGCAAAUCUUUAGCAUCACUUGAUAUCGCUAUUGGAUUCUUGGCAAACUACAAGUCAGAGGGAGACAUGCUGAUAAAGAAAUACUUGCAAGAUAAACUUGCCAUGCCCUUGGAGAAAGGACUUUGUAGUUCAACAGCAUCACAGCAAUGUCGUCUGAAGCAUGUUUUGGCACUUUGGCAGGUUCUUGCUGUAGAGAAAGCUCUUCGACUUGCCAACGAUGAACGGGAUCCAUUUGAUGGAAUUGAAGAAGAAUAUCGAAAGGAGUUGGACCAGGAGCAAAAGAAAGAUCUUGUUGCAAAAUUACGAUUCAUCAAAGUGGAUCUACUGUGUGCAGAGCUUUAUGAAUAUAUUGUACUGAAUCUUGGACGCCAUUCUACCAACACAGAUGAAGACAGGACUAAGUGGCCGAUAUUGGACACACUAGAUGCACAUUAUACCAGUAAAUAUGAAAAUAGUGAGAUUCCUGGCCUGGGUGAGUUCCCAGGCACGCUAUUAUUGAGUCAAGCUGUCGAAACUUGGAAGGCCAUUGCACAGUUUCACUGCAGACAGUCUGUGCAAGGCUAAUCUUGUACCAAAGACAACUCACAACAAGUUUGCACAACAAUUUCAUCUGACUGAAUAAAAUAUAUAUGUAUGCAUUGGAUAUAUACUGUCAGAUGAUGUAAACAGACAACAGUUUCAUAAGAGAUAAUGAUGCAAAAAUCUUGAUCUAAUUAGAUUGGACCAACAUAUUCAGUAUUUCAAAUUUCAAUACUGUAUUUUUCAAUUUUUAUUAGGCUUAGUUAUUGGUUUAAAAGAAAAUUAAUUCAUCAUUACAGCUGGUAGAGGGUGCCAUGCCACAUAAAACACCUAGUUGAUUUAGUGGCUGAUAAAGGUUUUUAUUGAGAGUAAAUUGAAAAUUAACAUAUAUACAUUAAAAAAGAAUUUACUAAUCAAAAAAAUGAUUGUAAUUGAUAAAUGCUCUCUACAGAUUACAAGUAACAUUCUUGGCUAUGCAUAUAAUUGUAAUCAAAUAUAUAAUCUAACAAUUGACAUUUUUUUUUAGAUAUUAUUUUUAAAUUUUGAUGUUAAUCAGUGUAUAUACGAAAAAAUGAAUUGCUUAUAGUUAUUAUAAUUGACUUGAAAAUUACUUAGAUUUUAUGUCAGUACAACAAUAUUGAACUGAGCUUUAUUUACUUUCGUUGAUUAUUUUUAAAAUGCAAAAUACAUAUAUAUUCUAACAAUUGACAUUUUGUAAUGAUUUGUUAAUCAGUGUAAAUACGAGAAAAUGAAUCGCUUAUAGUUAUUACUUACGUUGAAAAUGACUUUUUAUGUCAGUACAACAAUAAUGAACUUGUUGAUUAUUUUUUAAAUGCCAAAUACAUUUUUAAUAGUAAUUAUGCAGUAUUUGUAUUAAUUUUAACACAGCAAUCUUUAUUUUCUUCAAGUGCUGUAUAUAUAAAUAACACAUUUGAUUAUUUUUUAAAUGCCAAAUACAUUUUUAAUAGUAAUUAUGCAGUAGUUGUAGUAAUUUUAACACAGCAAUCUUUAUUUUCUUCAAGUGCUGUAUAUAUAAAUAACACAUUUGAUUAAAUUGAAGUAGGCGUAAUCAAAAAGUCAUGCCUUAUGAAGGCAAAGUGGACACGAAACAUGUACUGUACUUGUUAAUAAAGUUUAAUGAAACAUAUUAAUUACACAACUAAUCUAGGAAAAGCAUGACUUGCAAACAUCACAAAAGCAAUUUAACUGUUAAUUAUAAAUAAAACAAUGUACACAGAAAAAAAGACCAUAAUCAAGGCGGUUCAAUUAUAAAAAUAUGGUAAGAUUCUGUAUUUAGUAAUUUAGUGACUUAAUUUUAGUUAAAUUAUACUACUGGUUAAUUUUCCAGUAUAUUAUACUGUAUAUGUUUUAUAUACAUUUGUGAUUUGUCUUUCUGGAUCUUUACUCAUGUUUUAUUAAAGUCUUUCUACAUUUUAUUUAAGUUACAUUUACUCAAGUUCGUAUAAUAUUACCUCUAUUCAAAUUAUGCAUAUUUUUAUGCAGACUAUAUAUGUCAAACUUAUUUUACAGGUUUAUGUCUAAAACCUUAGUCGAGAUUUUAUCGCAUAUGCAUGUCAUCGUAUUUGGACAUAAAAUAUAUAAUACUGUACUGUAUAUUGAUGCUUUAAAUGAAGAUUUUAAAGAUGAUUCCGAGAAGUCAUCACCGCACCAGUUCAAAUUUUUAUUAAGUAAUACAAUAUUAGAGAUUGAUUAAGUAAUACAAUAUUAGAGAUUGCUAGAUAUAAUUAAUAAAUGAAUUACGGGAGACAGUCUAUUUUAUCAUUAUUUGUCUAAUAUUGAAUAAAGCAAAAUAGAAAGAAUAGUAUACCAUAACAA